CUUCUGUCCGCUGUAAAUGAUCCGUGAGAAGCAGGCGAUUUCAAAACUGAAAGUAAACUAUAGAUUCAGUCUGAGUUUCCUGGAACAGAGAACAAGGUGGUCAAACCGUCUCAGAUCGGCUGAAAAGAUAAGGACGAAGGUGUUUCUAGGAUGUGGGCAUUGAAACAUUUUAAAAAAUCUCCUCCUCCAUCUCCAGAGUAUGAUAAACCCUGGCGGCCCAUGGACUGGAAGACUAAUAGACAAACUUUUAUGGCAACAAUAAACGACUUCGAGUCCGGGAACAAAGACAUCGACACUCUGAGAGUCCUUCUGCACGGACCGCAAGGAGCCGGAAAGUCCAGCUUCUUCAACUCGGUGAAUACUGCUCUCGAGGGCCGCAUCACCACCAGAGCCCUCGCUCAGUCAGCGUUCACCGGGAGAAGCUUCACUCUGGAGUGCAACACAUAUAAAAUUAAGAAAAAGGCUGGCUCUUUUUAUCCUUUCUCCUUCACCGACAUCGCUGGUAUACAUGAUGAUAGCAGUACCUCGAUACGGACGGAGGACAUCAGGAAAUUAUUAAGCGGUCACAUCAAAGAUGGUUACACUUUUAACUCAGCAAAAACUAUUGAUGAAGACGACCAAAAGUACAAUAGAAACCCUGCGCUGAAAGACAGGAUCCACUGCCUGGUGGGCGUUCUUCCUGCCAGCACCGUUUCUCUGAUGGACGGGGAGGUAAUUAAGCAAAUGAAAGCGGUUCGGGAGAAAGCGCGAGAUCUGGGUAUUCCUCAAACCGUAAUCAUAACCAAGGUGGAUGAAGCAUGUCCUCUAGUUCAUGAGGAUCUUAAGAAGAUCUACACCAGCAAAAAAAUAAAAGAGAAGAUGGAGGCCUGUUCUUACACUCUGGGAGUUCCUAUAAGCUGCAUUUAUCCUGUGAAGAACUACCACAGGGAACGUGCCACUGAUGCCACAAUGGAUGUUCUGAUUUUAGAUGCUUUGCAAAACAUUGUUAACUUUGCCAGUGACUAUGUGGAGGAUCAAGUGUCAAGUGGAUGAGUUACUGAGGCCCAUGCAGGGAACACUGUCUAGUGAACAGUUAUAUCUACAGUUAGUGGUAUUACAUAUAUAAAUGUUAAGCAAAGAUAGCUAAAUGCACUUGUUGUUUUAAUAAUCGUGUUGCUCAUAAUUGUGCAAUCAUAAUUUGUUUAAAAUAAGAGCUCCAUAUCCGUUUGGUAAUAUUAUAAUAUCAGUUUCUUGAUCGGUGGGGGUGAGACUUGCUUCUAAAUCUGCUUCUAGAGAUAUUCGCACAUAUAUGUACGAGUUUAGAGAUAUAUUAGAUAUAUUGUUUGCUGUCGUUUCCCAUCAAAUGAAUAAAUAGAUGUGUACGGGACCUUCA